AUGUUGUCCUAUUCACUUUCCAUUACAAAUUGUAAAUUUAUUGAAAAUACAGGUGGAAGCAAAGGAUCUACACUCUAUCUUUAUGGAACAGAUUUAGACAUUGGAAAUUCACAAUUUACCAAAAACACUGCUGAUUUAGGUGGAGCAAUUUAUGUUGAAACAACUAAAUUAUUUGGCUCAAUUCGUUUUACUGACUCUACCUUUAAUGACAACUCGGCAAAAAAUGGUGGGGCCAUGUGGAUAAACACGGUAACUCCCUAUAUUAAGAAUAUAAUUUGUGAAAAUAAUCUUGCAGCUUAUGCUGGAGGGUGCAUUUACUCUCAGUUGACCGUUAAUGGCGAAAUAAUAGUUGGAAAUAAUGCUCUAUGCUAUGGCAAUAAUGUGGCGACACCUUUGCAAACUGUUGAAGUUCAAUUUGAAAGAAAUACAGAAAAUGGCAAUGAACUUGAAAUAUACCCUGGAGAAUCAUUCAAGAUGAAUGUAUUAGUGAAAGAUCUUUACAAUCAAACUGCCUCAUCAUUGAUGGAACCGAAUAUGUUGAUUAUUCGACCAACGAAUAUUGAAGAUGGAACUGUUUCUCAAAAUAAUCUAUUUGACAAUCGUACAAUAUUAGUGAGCUUGCAAAUAUUUCCAAGUCAAAUAUCCAAAGAAUUUUCUCUAUCAAUCAUAGUAACUCCAGACAUUGAGAAAAUUGUCAAAGUGAAAAUACUUCCAUGCCCAAACAGUUAUAUUUUAAACAAGCUUGAUAAUGGUUAUAUUUGUGAAUAUUCUCCAAUAGCAAUUAUUUUAACCUCUGCAAUAUUAGGUUUCAUUUCACUCUUAAUUAUAUUUGGAGCAGUUUUAUACGCAGGAAUAUUCAUAACAAGAAAAUUGUUGAAAUUGAGGAAGCAAGAACGUGCUGAAAAGGAAAUUGAAAGGAAGUUUACAGAUAAUGAAUUUAUAUUUGAGAGUGAAUUCACCCCACUAAUAUCUUCAAAUAGUAUUAACAGUGGAAUAGAUUCUUCUAAUACUAAGGAAAUCCUUAAUUCACAAAAAAAACGACAACAAUACAUUAUUCCAAUAUCAGAAAUUAAUAUUCUAAAAAGAGUUGGUGAAGGAGCAAUGGGCAUGAUCUACCAUGCCAAGUGGAAUCGAACUGAUGUUGCCAUCAAACAAUUGAAAACUGAUUCAAAUGAUGAGGAGUUUGAGAAUGAAGCAAUGUUAAUGAGCUCAUUGAGACAUCCCUGUAUUGUCAGUUGUUAUGGAGUUUCGCUCACAACCAAUGGAAAAUAUAUGGUUGUUGAAUAUAUGGAACAUGGAAGUCUAGAAAAGGCAAUUUAUAACUCAAGAAUAGGAAGAGAAAUUAUGAGAUUUGAGACCAAGCUUAAAAUUUUGAUUGAUAUCACCAAAGGAUUGAUAUAUUUACAUUCUAUCAAACCUCACAAAAUCAUUCACAGAGAUUUGAAACCAGGGAACAUUUUAUUGGACAAGAUUAUGAACGCAAAAGUUGGAGAUUUUGGAUUGAGCAAAAUUGUUUCAAACAAUUCAGCAACCAUGACCUCAAAUGUUGGAACUUUACUCUAUAUGGCACCUGAAUUACUUUCAGAUAAUCACAAAGGUAAAAGCACAAAAGUGGAUGUUUAUUCAUUUGGAGUAAUAAUGUGGGAGCUAUUAUAUGAAAUAUUACCAUUUUCAAAUGAAAUUGAUAACUCUACAACUGUUUUCCAAAUAUUGAUGAGAGUUGCAAAAGGACACAGGCCAGAACUGUUGCAUGCAAAAUCAUUCAGUGAAAAACAAAUUGAUGAGUGGAUUGAACACAAUUUUACAAAGAAACAUAUCGAAAAUCUUGGAAAAAGUGAAAUUAUUGGAUUUUUAGAAUCAUAUGUUCAAAUCAUGGAAAGAUGUUGGGCUCAGGAUUCCUCACAAAGACCUGAAUUUAUUGAAAUUAUUGAUUUAUUGGAAGAAUUACAAUCACAAUGUCAAAAAAUCGAUGAUCUCCCCCGAUUGAUUCCUCUCCAAUCAUUACAUAAUUUUAAUAAUUACCAAAAUUCCAACAGUGAUACUGGCACGUUACAUUGA